AUGGAGGGCAUGGAUAUGGGAUCCAGCAGCGCCGACUGCAAAAUCUCCAUGCUGUUCAAUUUCAACACAAUCGACGCCUGUUUCCUGUCAACAGGAUGGCAGAUUAAGAACAAUGGCAUGUUCGCUGCAACAUGCAUAGGCACAAUCCUCCUGGUAGUGCUGGUUGAGUUCUGUCGCCGCAUUGGGCGCGAAUACGACAACUUCCUGACGCGCCAGUUUCAACGCCAAGCCGCGCACGGCACACUUGCCAAGACCUGGUCAUCAAGGCGGGCAAUUACUUUUCGCGCCACGCCAUUGCAGCAAUUGACCCGCUCGGUUAUUCAUGCUGUGACUUUUGCCGGAGCCUAUAUUACUAUGUUGCUGGCAAUGUACUUCAAUGUGUACUAG